CACGAACAGCCCUCUGUGGAGAAACCACGCGCCUCAUGCACGCUGCAGAAAGCUUCUGCUGCCCGUCCGUGCAGAGCAGCUCGUAGUUCUGCACAGAUUGAAUUUUGUUUGUAUUUUAAACCAAAGGCCAGCGUGAUCGGCCGCAGGAACUUUGCAGAUGUUAUAGUGAGAUAAUUUAUGUUUUUUCGUUGGUUCAGCGUACUACAAACACAUGCAUUUUGGUUUAUACAGUUUACGCAUUUCAUGUGUACGUGGUGUGUGUGCUGCUGUCAGUCUGCGACGUGUGUGUGGUCUCAAAACAACUGCAAACAUGCCCAAAAGAGCCAAGAAGAAUGAGGAAGCUGUAGAAGGGGAGGCAGACAAUGGAACUGCACCUGCAAAAAAAGAGAAAAAGGGGAAAGAACCCGAAGCCCCAAUUUUAUAUGAAGAUCCCCCAGAUAAGAUGACCAGUAAGGAUGGCCGUCCAGCCAACAUGAAGAUCACUUCCUGGAAUGUGGAUGGGCUACGUGCAUGGGUGAAAAAGAAAGGACUUGAUUGGGUACGUUCAGAGGACCCCGAUGUGCUGUGCCUGCAAGAAACCAAGUGUGCUGAGAAAUCACUUCCAUCUGAGAUCACUGACAUGCCUGAGUAUCCACACAAGUACUGGGCUGGAUCAGAGGACAAAGAGGGUUACAGUGGAGUGGCCAUGUUAUGCAAGACUGAGCCUCUCAAUGUCACCUAUGGCAUCGGUAAGGAAGAACAUGAUAAAGAGGGACGCGUUAUCACUGCCGAAUUUCCAUCUUUUUUCCUUGUGACGGCAUAUGUGCCUAAUGCCAGCCGUGGUCUGGUGAGGCUUGACUACCGCAAGACCUGGGACGUAGAUUUUCGGGCCUAUCUAAGCAGCUUGGAUCAGCGCAAGCCCCUGGUGUUGUGCGGUGAUCUGAAUGUGGCCCACCAGGAGAUCGAUCUUAAAAACCCCAAGGGUAACCGCAAGAAUGCUGGCUUCACCCCUGAGGAACGUGAGGGCUUUACUCAGCUGUUGGCGGCCGGUUUUACCGAUAGUUUCCGGGAGCUGUAUCCAGAGCAGGCAUAUGCCUACACCUUCUGGACGUACAUGAUGAACUCACGGGCAAAAAACGUGGGCUGGCGUUUGGACUACUUUGUGCUGUCAAAUGCCUUGCUGCCGAGCCUGUGUGACAACAAGAUUCGUAACACUGCCAUGGGAAGUGACCACUGUCCCAUUACCCUGUUUUUGGCUGUAUAGAUCAGGUGUCUUGAAUGGCCUAUCCAGAGCCACAACCAUUUAGUCUCUGAAUCACUUUUCUAGUGCUUUGGUUAAACACAUUUUGCAUAUAUGCAGAAGGGUCUAGCUUUGUUAGUCUUAGAUUUUCUUUAUGAAACCAAAUACAAGUCCAGAUACAUUUGUUAUUGCUUUUACAUCAGGCUAAUUGUUGUGACACUAAAUUAUCACCAUAAGCAGAAUAAUACAGGCUUUUUUCAAUGUUUUAUUUGUUGUAUUUUAGAAACCCUUGUUGGAUAUCUAAAUUCAAAACUACUGUAACAAACAUUGACUCAAUGCUGUGAUUAUAGCAGUGUGAUUAAAGCUUGUAUAAUACAUUGGCCUGCAAGAUAUAAGAGAUGAAGAUCUAAUAAACUCUUAUGGUUUUGGCCUUGGUGCUAUUUUAACUCUUGGCUUUUACAAUGGUUCCUCCUCAAAUGGCGAAGCCAUUGCCAUUGGUUGUUUCAUGUUGCUACAUAUGCUCAAUUCAAA